CCGAGAGCGAGGAUCCGAACCGGACUUUACCGAGCUGGGCAUCGUUGGUUGGCAAAAGCAAUCGGCAAAAACCCAAGACGUCAACGAUGGCCUUCCGUAUGCCUGCCGCGAUGCGCAAGAUGCCCAAGCGCGAGAAGCUCAUCGCCGAGAUCCCCAAGUGGAACAUCUUCCGCGGCGACAAGGUUGAAGUCGUGGCCGGCCCCCACAAGGGCAAGCAGGGCGUCGUCAAGGAGGUUGUCCGCGCCAAGAACAGCCUGAUCCUCGAGGACAUCAACAUGCGCCACCGCUACGUCAAGGCCAAGCCCGGCGUCGCCCCCGGUCGCAUCUACUUGGCCCCUGGCCCGAUCCACUACAGCAACGUCAACCUGGUCGACGAGACCAUUGGCAAGCCCACGCGCAUUGCCAUCCGUUUUUCGGAGGAAGGCGAGCGUCUUCGCGUGUCGAAGAAGACGGGCACGAUCAUCCCCAAGCCCGAGGUGCUCAAGGAGCGCCACACCCCCAGAAGAACAGAGACCGGCCCCUUGGACACGGCGCCCGAAGAUGUCUUGGAGCGCACCGUCAGCGACGUCGAGCUCACGCGCCUUUAGAUCAGCGGCCUCCUUACUCUCGGCCAACCACGAAUACACCAGGAAUAAGACACGUAUUAGUGUGUGUCGUGCAUA